CUUUCGCUUUUCGCUUUCCACCGCUAUUUACUCCGUCAUUUUAAAAGACAACACGUGUAUCUCAAACAUGAAGCCGUUGCUGUGUCUUGUCGUUUGCUGAUUGCCAGAUUUCGUGCAUUGCAUUCUGUCGCCGGUUGACAAACUUGGUUGAUUCCAUCGCUAAUUGCGCGUCGUCGUUGAGGAGCCACCCGCCCAGUUUGUUUCUUGAAGUUUUGCUCAUAUUACGACGUUACGAUCCUUGAUGGCUACGAUAUACCCCUCCGUCUACUCGACCGCAUGAUUUCCAGCGUUGUUUUUAUCCGCCUCGACACCAUCUCCCCAUCUGUCUGCUCUUGGACGCACACAACUUGGCACCUCUAGUUUUGCAAUCCUGGAGCUAUGAGCGGUCCUCCACCGCCACCGCCGCCUCAUGGCGAGAACCCAAAGACAACAAGCGGCGGUCCGAACAUGCCCCCAGGAAAAUAUGAUAUCUUCAUCAUACCGCCACACUCGUCCGGCUCGGGCUUCCUAUAUCUGCCAUCGCUAAAGCCAAACGUCAACAGCUUCGCCGCAGGCUUCGCAUCUGCCUUGGUGCUUGUUGUGCUGGGCCACAGCAUGGCGCCGGCUUUCAAGACAUGGUGGAACGGGUUCCAGGGCAUGGGCAGCGUGGGUAUAAUGCUCCUCGUUGUAUGGGUCGCAAUAGGCUCGUGGGUUCUAGGCAGGACACAGACAGAUAGCGGGCCCGGAGCACGAGCAGGAGGGGGCUUUGGCGGUAACCAUGGAUGGGGGCCCAAUGCUGGCGGAGGCUUCAACUGGGCCGGAGCUGGUGGCGCUGGUGCAGACGCCGGUGGUCCACCUCCACCACCGCCUCCACAUAGCUCACCGCCUCCCAAGUCUGGACCGACCCCCGGAUCAACAGGCGGUGACAAGCCAAAUGGCUCGUGGCAGCACCGCUCCCAUCACGAGCAGCCACCGCGGGAGGAACCACGACCACAACCACAAGAACCACCUCCGCCGCCUAAGCCGAAGCCUCAGCCCAAGCCCGAACCAAAGGCACAACCACCACCUCCCAGGCCCGAGCCAAAGGCACAACCACCACCACCUCCUAGGCCCGAACCAAAGGCACAUCCACCACCACCUCCCAGGUCCGAACCAAAGGCACAACCACCGCCCCCAAAACCGCAACCGAAGACCCAGCCUCCUCCCCCAAAGCCAGAGCCUAAACCAGAGCCAAAGGCUCAACCGCCACCCCCGAAGCCUGCACCCAAAGCUCAACCAUCACCUACGAAGCCAGCACCGAAGGCUCAGCCCCCACCGUCAAAGUCCGAACCCAAGGCUCAGCCACCUCCACCUCCUAAGCCUGAACCGAAACCUGAAAUGCAGCGAGAGCCUAGUACCUGGGAGAAGGCACGGGAAGAGGUCAAGAGGAAGGAAGCUCUGCGAAAGGCCAAGGAGGCCGAGGAGAAGCGAUUGGCCGAUAUUGCAGAAGUCGUACGCAAGGCUAAAGAGGCCGAGGAGAAGCGAUUAGCUGAGGUGGCAGAAGCCGAGCGCAAGCGCAAAGAAGACCAAGCCGAAGCUGAACGCAAAGCCAAGGAGGCAGAGCAGAAGAGGAAAGAGGAGGUAACCAAACGGCUCAAGGAGCUGCGCGAGAAGGAGGCUCGGGAGAGAGGCAAACGAGACGAGGCUGCCAAAGAAAAGGCCAACAAGGAAGCAGAGGCAAAGGCUAAACUUGAAAAGGAGGCCAAGGAUAAGGCUGACAAGGAGGCCAAGGAGAAGGAGCAACGUGAACAAGAGCGAGUGGAGCAGCUAGUGAAAGAGAAGCUUGCUAAAGAAAAGGAAGUCAGAGAGGCCAGACUGCGAGAGGCUAGGGAAAGAGACCUGCGGGAGAGGCUUGAGAGAGAAAAGGCACUAAGAGAGAAGCUCGAGAAGGAAGCCAAGGAAAGAGAAGCAAACCGGCAAAAGGAACAGGAAAAGGCCAAGGAAGAGGCGGCCGAGGCCCAACGAAAGAGCACUUAUGCCUACUCAGCAAAGGGCGAGAAGUUCAAUCCCUGGCCGAAUGGGCGACCGCCCUCACAGCCGCCCUCGCCUGCCACCCCUAAUCCCAUCCCGAACUCUACCAAGCGACCGUCAGCUCCAUCUGCCCGGACGUACAGCGGCACCGCCGAUGAAGACCAGUAUUCUUAUCGUCCUUACGAUGAGCCUAAACGCCAUUCAAGAAGAAGGUCUGGCGAGACAAUCUUUACUGAGUCAUCUUACGCUCCUUCACAGUCGACCGCGCGAACGUCACCUCCGCCUUCAAUGCGCGGUGCCUACUCUACCAAGGAUCCCAAUAAGAUUGUCAUUAAAGCCGUCUAUGGCUUCAUGAAUCAAUUUGCCAAGACGCCGGCAUCCCAGCUCUUGUCAGGUCAAGGCUCAGUGACUGAUGGCCUAAUCCUGCGCAUCACCACUGAAGGCUUAUUCAUCGACGACGAUGUCCGCGGAGUCCCCCAGCGAGAGUGGGACGUUAAGGCAUGGACACUCAAGCUUAUGGAGGUAUGGUGUUCUUCGGGUGAUUUUGCCACGCCGACGGUUGCCCCUCCGCCCAAAAGAUCGAACGUGCUACACAGACCCCCCCCUACGCGUGUAGAUCGCGGCGUUCUCAAGGUUCUUACUGGCGACGAGGCCGAUAAGUUCUGCGAGAGCAUGUUGCGUACCUGUAAGAACGACUGCCGCCUAUGUCCACACGGAGAUUAUGAGGAUUCGUACGACUUAAAUGCUGGUGGGCAGUCUGGCGAGUGGAAGCAGCGCGGCUUGCACGUACUGCGUGCGAACAUCAGAGAUCAGGAGGGUAAGCGCUACAUGUUCGUUCUGGGAGAAGAAGAAGGCUGGAAGGUUGCCUUGGGACUGCAACGGCUGCGAAAGGGCACUCAAGUGCGACAACUAGGUGUCCAGGCUAUGCCGGUGCACGAAGCACGUAAUUCCCUGGAAAUGCUAGGUUGGACAUAGUGGAUGAGAAAGGGGGCACAGGAAUUGGGACUCGGCGCACUUUAUGUGCGCUCUUGGAAUGUUGAGUUGUGGCCCUUGUGGCCCCAACAUAUUUCAUGCAGUCUCAGUCAGCCCUUAGAAAGUAUCCCUCUGGAAUUUGCCAUUCAUCUUUAUUUGCAUGGCUAGCGAGGUGUCGGCGUCAGCAUUUGUCGAGCGGAUUAAAUUGCAUGUGGAAACGAGUUGGUAUGACAGGACAAACAGAAAAAGACUGUAUUGAACCAGAAACAGAACAAAUUUUCAAAGCACCUUAUAAAGCACCU